AUGUGGUUAUACUUAUUUUCUACACUUUAUCUACUUCUUAUCAAACAAUCGAUCGGAAAAAUUCUGAAUAGAAAAGUUCCUGUGCCCGAUAAUGAUAAAACACUGCAGCAAAUACUAUAUAGGUCGGGAACGCUAUAUACGAAUUCAAAGUUACCUAAUUCCGAAACUAACUGGUGGAUACCAAUACCAGGUCAAUCACUAAAAGCAACAGUAGUACGAACUUAUAACAGACAAACAGGAAAGUACUAUGCUACUUAUAAUUUUUUUCAAACAAACGCAAGGAGCUUAUGCAACAAAAAUACAGUGGCAUUAAGCAGUUUGAAAAUUUGUCAGUUGGAAACUCCAAUAACGCAGCAGCAGGAAUGCAACAUAGUGUUUGCAUGGACUGAAAAUGAAUGGUCGACAACAGAGAUCGAAGGCACAUGCGAUAUUAGAUCGAUAAUAAGAAAUCAAAUGAAAUCAGCACAAAAUUACUAA